AUGCCACCAGCAAGGCACAAGUCGGGGGGUGGUUGCCGCAAGUGGGGCGGCAACCGCCUCGGGCAGUUGCGGCGCAAGUACCACCCGAGAAGUAGAAGCGUGCCAGGAGCGUGCCUCUCAGAGGAGGACACCCGCGCCCGCCCAUUGCCUUGGCCGCCGCAGCCGCGCCCUCCAAAAGGCGAGGCCGUGCACUGCCGGCGGCGCACCCGCGCCGCCCAAGAGGCGGCGCCGUCGGCGUGGCGCGGCGUGGCGCUGCUGCCCGCCCGCCGCUCGGCUGGGCGCGCGGUCUCUGCUCUCGCGUCGCGGCCGCGGGAGUCGCUUCUUGCAUCUGCCAUGAGGCGCGUCCCGCCACCGCUUCUGGGUCGUGGGCCAGAGGCUUCUUGGCCGCCUUUUGGGGCCAAGCUUCUUGGGAGUCUCUUGGGAGGCCUCUCGGGGGCCUCCUAG